AUGCGGUUCUCAACAGUCUCCUCACUACUAAUAGUCGGAUUACGACUGGUGUCCUCAUUGCCAACUACAAGCUCUGCUACCUUGAGCAACAUAGAAAGCCCAGGUAGCGGACCAUAUCCAGCUUCGUGGUUUACCGAGCCCACUCUAUCUAACCACACAAUCUACUCGCCUAUCUCUGUGCCCCCUGGUGUAUCCCUCCCAGUUCUCGUCUGGGCGGAGGGUGGGUGCGAGAACAAUGGGACGAAAUUCGCUCCAUUCCUAUCAAACAUCGCCUCGUAUGGGUUUUUAGUCCUUGCAUCCGGUCCCCCAAAUGGGAGCGGCUCAACCACGGCGCAGUUCAUGGCGGAUGCAGUCGAAUGGAUCACGCCUAGAGCCGGAACACCCGGCCGGUAUGCUUCAGUAGAUGCAACACUCAUAGCAGCGGCAGGUCAAAGCUGCGGUGGGCUGGAAACAUAUCGAAUGCGAAGCAAUGAACGGAUCAGUAUCUUGGGUAUCUUCAAUUCGGGCUUCUUAGGAAAUGAAACGUUUGUCGCCAGUGUCGGAGGACAAGCCACUGAGCCCCAAACUACUAUCAGGGAGGUUCAUAAGCCGGUGUUCUACUUCUUGGGGGGCCCUACUGAUAUUGCCUAUGCUAAUGGUGAAGCGGAUUAUCAUAAUCUCACAGGGGUUCCCAAAUGGAUUGGAAAUUAUCCUAUGGGGCACAGUGGAACCUACAGAGAUGAAAAUGGUGGAGCUUUCGGUGUUGCUGCUGUGGACUGGCUGUCGUGGGCGUUUAGACGCAACGAGACAGCGGCUAGCUUUUUCACCGAGGGAGGUGCACAGGAGGAUGGAUGGGAGGAGGUAGAGAGCAAGAAUUUGGAGAGACUUUUUGCGUUUAUUCCCAGCAAGAAGGAGACUUAA